CAUCGAGUGUGCGCUCGCACAAGCGCAAGAGAAGAAGGCACAUGUACGAUGAUGAUAUUAUCAUCUACGCCUUAAAGCCAGUCGAUUUCGUAUUGCUAUCGCUGUGCUGCAUUCUCGUGUUCUACAUUUUGCCACUCAAGUUGUUGAAGCGUCUCAAUCGCGGCACUGGAUGAUGAUCUCGGGAGUGCACGCGUCCACAACUAUAGUAGCGCUACAAUCGUUGCGUUCGUUAUCCUAUGAUGACGAAGGAGUGGCGAUCGAGGCGGCGAUGGGCCCACUGUUUGACGCCAUCGAGCAACGUGAGGGACUCGGGGACGCCGUCUCUGCGCUGGACACCGUGGUCGUUCCAGGCUUACGUCGAGUGCUCAGACGCCCGAGUAAAGGGGAAAAAGACUCUCGAGAGCAUGUGUUUGCGGUGUUGUUCAGUGUGUGGUGCGCCAAGCUCAUAGGCGGUGAUGGGGAGCCAAUUCAAGAAACAAUUGACCCGUUCUGCCGAAGAGCCAAGUGGUCGCUACCCACGCCGAUGUUCGCAGAGUUGAUCACAGUGCUAGAAAUGAAGGAUUUGUUCUACAAUGCGAUGCUACAUGCUUCUGAUCGAGCGAAAGAGACGAUGACGAAGGCUUUGUUUACGAGUGAAACCAGAACAGAGGUAAUUGAGCAACUGACGGUAAUUUUCUCUACGUCCGGAUACACUCCAACCGCGAGGAAAACUCAAUCACGAACGACGGAUGAUGAACCAACCGUCAGCGUAGACGUGAUAUGUUCAUCGCCACUGGUUGCAGAACCAUCUCAGGUGGAAAAGUUUCUCCGAGACCUGUUGGCGUGCACAGAACCAAAGACAGCCAAAGAAAAAUUGGUAUCUCGCUUUCCAAAAGAUGACGUCUUAGAAAUCAUAUCCACAGUGCUAUGCUCCGACGAGUUUCAUCUCUUCAGAAAUAUGCUCAUCACGCAACAAGAUUUUGAUUCAAAAGUCAUAGAGCGCGAUGUCAUUGUCGCAUUGAACCGCAUCACAGCGAGUGCAAGCACAAGCGUCACCAAUCGCAUGAAGUUGAAUCUAGCGAAUGAUUUGCUGUGGCCCAUACUCAUCGCACCAGACCUCGUUUAUCGUCGUUUGAUUCAUACAGCAGUUGCACACUCGUCCCAGGGUGCAAUCAUUAUCGAAACUUUCCGCUUGGUACCAAGUUUUGUCAAGGUGAAGCGUUGCGGCAACUCGCCGGCGUGCUUGCUUGUUGCAUUCGUCGACUUGCUCCGGGAUUUUCCGAAUGACUUUGCGAAUAUUAAAGCCAUGGAUUCCAUCGAAUAUAUCUGUGAAGCCUUCUUUGGGAGCAAUUCUGGCAAAAUGCAUCUCUUAGAGUUGCAAGACGGUUUACUCUUCAUCGUGCUUCCAAUGUUGACUGCGGUACAACUUAGUUCCCCUGCUACUGGUCCGUUUCAUGGAGCCCACUUUGCUCUGAGAAUUUUGAAACUAAUAACCAUGAACGAAGGACAGGUAGAUGUGAGGGUCAUUGAGCGCACGUUCCCCGAGGGUGUACUCCUUGCAUUGGCACGUGUCAUUGAAUGGUCACGGAAGCAACGAAUGACAUCAACUCAGAUUUUAGCCACAUCGCUGGCUCGUGAAAUCAGCAAAGGGCUGUUGGAAUCUAUUGCAAAAAUUUCGCCUAGCAAAGAAAUGGCAAUUGCUCUCAGACUUGCGGACGAAGUAGCCGCUAGCGUUAUAGAAUGGGACUCGCGCUUGGCGAUAGAGCCCGUCAUGCGUCUUGGUCGCAUGGAGAGAAUCUCGUCGCCGCGCCCCCCUUCGCUCGAUUCAAAGGACAUGACGUCGAUCACUGUAGAUAUUUUGAAGCUUUAUCGCUCGAAUGCGAAUGCAAACGAUAGGAUGCUGCUCGAGUUGCUGCGGACGUUUCAAGACUUUCAAGACUGUGAAAGCGAUUUGAGUAAAUUUCGUCAAAGUCUCUUAGUUGCAUGCGUAGCGGUCUUGCCGAACACAUCUGGACCAGAGUUUGACCGCAUAUCACGCAUUGGUUUGCCAAAACUGCUCGAAAUGCGACGCAUAACCGCAGCUGGCAUACCAGUCUCGGCUGUGGUACUGGAUGUUUUAUCACACGCUACAGUGUUUGCCAUUCGUGAGUCUCCACAACGGGCGUUUACAAUUUGCCGUCACUUUACUCAACUCACCUCGACGCUCACAUCCGAUGCGAAAGAAACGUUCAUCUCUGAUACGGACUCCGAGGUGAUUGUACGAAGCGCUUUUAUGUGCGUGUGCAAUAUCCUUGAUGCGUUGAGUUGCGCGUCAAGAUUUCCGGAGAGUCACUCUUGCGAGGUGCUCCUCAUGUCAAGCGCGUUAGUCGGCUUAAAAAUCCUCAGUUCAUCAAAAAUUUUGAAAAGCUGGGCAUUAGUCCAAGUCAAGUCAUUGUCGAAGAGUUGCAAAUCGAGGGUUCAGCUUUUAAGUGCGCUGGUGUAGCGACGUGUGGUACAAAAAGCAAGUGAUUACAAUUCAACAUAGCCAAAAGUAAGAACGAUUCAUC